GUUCAAGAUCAACCUUUUCUUGCGUUUACUCUGUGUUGUACCAUCAUAGUUGGUUAUACUAUGCGUAUGCAAUGUGAUUUAACUGGCGAUACAUCUAGUGCUGUUCAAGGUGGUUUCGCUUUUGAAAUGAUCAUGACGAAACUGCAAUUUCUAGAAAAUCGUUUUACUGAGGUAGAAGGACAACUGGUAAAAAAGAUUAAUGAUUUAAGCAGUAGAAUGGAAAACGUCAUGCAAAAAGAAAAUCAUCCUUGCGACGUGUAUGAUAAUGCGUACACAUCCUGCAGCGAGGUUCCCUCUUCCGGAAUAUAUUCCAUUCAACCGGAUAACAUCUUCGAGGAACCGAUCAGGGUGCUUUGUGAUCAAGAUUACGAAUCCGGAGGCUGGAUUGUAUUUCAACAUCGCUUUAAAGGAUCAAUGGAUUUCUAUCGGAAUUGGCAAGAGUACAAGAAUGGUUUUGGAAAUCUGGGCGGCGAGUUCUGGUUGGGUUUGGAUCGUAUUCAUCAAUUGACAGUGUCGAGUCCACAUGAGCUGGUAGUGCUGCUAGAAGAUUUGGAUGGCAAUAAGACGUUCGCCAAAUACGAUCAGUUCGAAAUCGGAGACGAAAACGAAAAAUAUGUAUUGAAGAUUGGUGAUUAUUCGGGAACGGCUGUCGAUUCUUUCAGUUACUAUCAGGGUAUGAAAUUUUCUACAUUCGACGCGGAUAAUGACGGAAGCACGGGAAACUGUGCAGAAACAUUAAAUGGAGCAUGGUGGUUCGCUGGUUGUGGAUAUAGGUUUUUCAAUGGACCAUACGACAAUGAUGAUGACUCGGUCGAAUCUUUUUGGUUUAUUAGUGGUUUACUCAAAACUUCAAAAUUGAUGAUAAGACCAAAGACGGCUUAGUUCUUUAGUGAUGCAAUAUUUUUAAAGCAUAUGUAAAUCGUUAUCGAACGAUCCAAUUGAUACACAGAAAAAAACAAAUAUUAAACAGCACAAAAAAAAAGUGUUAUUUAUUUAAGAUUGUUUCGUUUGUUUCAAAACAGUUUAAUGGAUGUAGUUUAAAGGGAAAUUAUAAUGCGUAGAUCUUCAGUAGAUAUGUAUGCCCUGAUUUUUCAACCUAUGAUAUCUAUGUAAUCGGCGUAAUCCUGGAUCUAGAUUGAUCUAUACAAAAAGGUUUCGAUAGUCUCCCAAUGUAAAGCGACAAUGAAGAAGAGACGAUUAUGUUUAUCUCUCUAUCCAGUAGUUAAAUGCAUUAAAAAUUGUCUUUCGAACAUCAUCAGAUAGGUAGACAAUACGGUAUAUGUCCUCAUACUAAAAGCUAAAUAAAAUCAAAUUCAUCGUA